AUAAACUCAGAUUUUGUUUUCUUCACGGAGGUUGUUUUACACGCUCUUAAUAAAAUUGCUUAUUAAAAAUAGGCAAACAAAAAUAAAUUACGCGUUAAAUUAUUUAAAAUAAUAUAGAUAAAUUGAAGUAACAUCUCAAAUUUUCAUUAAUAAAUAACUAACUUAAAAUUUCAAGGAAAAAAAUGAAGUAGAUAUAAAAAGUCCUAACAAGGUGAAAUUUUUCUCUAUGCCAAAAGUAGCACAAGCAACAACAAUUAAAAUAAAUAAAAAACGGGAAAGAAAACUACCACUAAAACAAGAAAGAAAAAAUUGCGCGAAAAAAACGUACGAGACACAACAUAAACACGACGAAUAUGAACAUACCGCAUAGUAGCUAAGGCAGACAUGUCUAGUGCGAGGUGAAUCCUAAAAGUUUGUAUUUUCAAUAAAGGAAAAUAAAAUCCAGACCAUUGACUAGAAAUCAACAUUAAAAAAAGAAAAUAAUAAAAAAUAAGUGUUACAAACAACAGGCGGUUUCAGUAAUACGCACAUCGUUAACGUAAAGUUUUAUUUUUCCCCAUGUAACAAAGUGGGUCUUGUUUGAAAGGUGAAAUGUUGCAUUUUAUGUUGAUAUAAAUAAAUAUUUAUACAAAACAUCCUACACUAACUACCGGGUACACAUUUUUGCAUAAUAAACUAUAUUUUAGUCAAUGUUUGGAUUUGAAAAAAGAAAAGACACUAAAAGGAAUCCUUAAUGUAAACCAUGACACUGCCAAAAAUCUUUUCUUUGGCAUCGAAAAAUUUCAAUAAUUUUGAUACUUUGUCAUUUGAGACUGGCACAACUACAAUUACAAAUUCAUUAUCGCAUCAAGAACAACAGCAACCAGAACAAAUCCCACAACAACAACAACCACAAGGCUUAAGCUCACUAAAUAAUCAACACUCAAUAAUGUCUUCAUUACCUCUCAUACAGACAACAACAACUUUGGAAAAUGCUACAAUGUUUAAUGCUAAUAAUACAAAUUUAAAUUUAUCCCCCCAACAGUCGAUUUCUGAAAAUUCCGAAUCACAAUUAUUGGUAGAAUGUGUUAUGCCUGGUAUAUAUUUGACCAAAGAUUUUAUAUCAUGGAAAGAAGAACAAUUACGCUCCCAUGGAUUCACUCACAUAAUCAUAAUUGAUAAACAUAUACAGGAAUUAUAUUAUCCAAAUCAACAACCCGAUAUUUUUAAACUCUGUUCAAUGAACAACGACAAAACACAAAGUCUUACAAAUGGACCGAGGCGACAUGAUGAUAGUUCCUCUUUAAAUGCAUUUGACUAUUAUUGUCCACCAACAGCCAGUGCAGCAAAUCAUUUAAGUUUUGGGAAAGAAUUUAAAGUGAUUGAUUUAAAUUUUGGCGAAAAAUCAUAUUUAACAACGGUGUUGCCAAAUUGCUAUAGAGCGGUAAAGUUUAUCAAUAAAGCUUUACAGGCUAAUGGCACGAUUUUGGUAAUAGACUGUAAUGGUGGCGAACAGAAAUGUCUAACAAUUAUUGUUGCAUAUUUGAUGUAUAAACAUAAUAUUAGUUUUAGUAAUGCCUUUGCCCGCCUUAAAGAGUUUUAUAAGAAAGCUGAUUUGGAUCGUUUCUAUAUUAGUCAACUCUACGAAUACGAACCUAUUUUACAAGUGCAACGUGCACAGUCACGUGGUCACAGUUGUUCUAGAGAACUACAUGCUGCCAUUUUAAAGCGUAAGAAAACCCAUGAUGAUGACAGUGAUGCAACAUCAGAUAACAGCACCACAUGUACGACAUCUUCUUCAACCUGCUAUAAUACAACCACCAGCUCAUAUACUAACGUAACAACUACAACAGAAUUGUUAGAUAAUUGUAAUCCUUUAAAUCGUUUCGAUAGCACACAAAUGGAAAGACAUGAAAUAAAGUCAUCAAAUCAUCAUAAUUCUCAAAUGACACAAACCAAUCGUAAUCUACAUACAUUUACUCGUUUUAUGAGUGGAACAACAUUAUCGUCGACAACAACAGGUGGUUGGUAUAAUUGGGAUGAUUAUGCUAUGGAAUAGAUAAAUGAAAAAAAAAAAACUAUUUACUUACAUGUAGGUUAUUAACUUACAACUACUACAACAAAUUUCCAUAAUUUCAAUAAUAAUGGAAAUGAAAUACAUUUUUUAUAGAUAUUUUUCCUUGUUAUAAGAAGACGAUUUACUGACAUAUACAUACAUGUAUGUAUGUGUGUUUAUAUUUUGAAAUUAUAUCAUUGCAAAUAAAUGAUAUAUUUGCAAACUCUGCAUAAUAUGUAUGUUUUGUUGUAAUAAUUUUAAAUAACACUUUUUACACUAUGGAUAAUAAUUAUAAGACAAAAUCAAAUAGGGAAAUAUUUUCUAAUUUGUAUUUAUUUUGAAAUAUUCUUAUAAUUAUUUCACACAUUGUUGAUAAAAUAAAUAACUACAUAUGUGUGUAUAUACAUAUGUAGAUAGUCUGGUAAAUAAUGGAAGAACUGAAUUUGUUAUGCUUUUAAAGAGAACAUUUCAUUAAAAAACAAAUGAUUGAUUCAAUAUCUAAAUGAAAUUAAUUUAUUGAAUGUAAAUCGUAUAUAUAAUUAAUAUAAACUAUAAACUUUUAUAUUUGCCUUUAAAUUGGCAUCAUAUU